AUGCGCCGCUUCUCACCGGCCGGCGUGUUGGUCGCCGCCGGUGCAAUGCUGACGCUUUGCCUGGCGGCGCCGGCGGCGAGGUCGGCCGGCGGCGGCAGAACGACGGUGAGCGUCUCGUCGUUCGGAGCCGUCGGGAAUGGUGUCGCCGACGAUUCAGAGGCACUUGUAAGAGCAUGGAGAGUGGCAUGCCGAAUUCCUCGAGCAACCGUGCUGCUGCCAUCGGGACACAGGUUCUUGUUCUCACCGGUCACUCUCCAGGGCCCCUGCAACACAAAACUCACACUCCAGAUAGAUGGUGAUGUGUUGGCUCCUCCAGGUAUGGGUUACUGGCCAAGGGCCAGGAGGCCUCUGCAGUGGCUCAACUUCAAGUGGCUGAAUGGUUUCACCAUCCAAGGCACUGGCACUGUUGAUGGCCAGAGUACUUCACUGACAAAUCAUUCACCGGCUAAUGUUUCUCAGCACUGGUAUGUGUCGGGAGUGAAGCCUACGCUCAUAAGGUUUUACAGCAGCUUCAAUGUGAGCGUGCGCAACAUACGCGUGACCAACAGCCCACAGUGCCACCUGAAAUUCGACAGCUCCGGCGGCAUCACGGUGAAGAACAUCACCAUUUCUUCCCCCGGCGACAGCCUCAACACCGAUGGCAUCCAUCUCCAGAACACCAGGGAUGUUGACAUCAGGAGCUCCAGCAUCGGCUGCGGUGAUGACUGCAUAUCGAUACAAACAGGAUGCUCGAAUGUUCACAUGAAGAAUAUCAACUGCAAUCCCGGCCAUGGAAUCAGCUUAGGAGGACUAGGAAAGGAUAACAGCUUGGCAUGCGUCUCUGAUGUGUUAGCAGACCACAUCAACGUGGAGAACGCCUUGUAUGGGGUCAGAAUCAAGACAUGGCAGGGAGGCAAGGGCACGGUGAGGAACGUCACCUUCUCCAACGUGCGGGUGGCGAACGUCGCGACGCCGAUCGCCAUCGACCAGUUCUACUGCGACGCCGGCCGGUGCGGGAACAGGACCGACGCCGUGGAGAUCACCGGCGUGGCGUACCGGCGCGUCGUGGGGACGUACACGUACCAGCCGGUGCACCUGGCCUGCAGCGACGCCCGCCCGUGCACGGGCGUCAGCAUGGCCGACGUCCGCCUCUCGCCGGCGAGCGGCUCCGCCGCAGGCGCCCUGCGGCGGCCGCUCUGCUGGAAGUCGUACGGCGAGGCGGCGGGGAUGAUCGAGCCGGCGGCCAUCGGCUGCCUGCAGAGGAGCGACGGCUUCGUGACGCCCUUCACCGAGCCUUUUAACUACACUUGCUGAAUGCUUUGUUCCAGCAAGGAAGUGUCUCUGCUUCGCUGACCAGAGCUUGUUUUCAGCAAGAUAUUUGAUCUGUUAAUCACAGUUUUGUUGCUACUUUGACACCAUAAUUUGGCACUCAAUGUGUAAGGUGAUAUUUGGGAA